CUGUCGGGCAGCUAAAUUGAAAAUACCGCCUCUACAGACGUUAGUACAAUACACCUGUAACAUUUUCAAUUUCCUCGGCGAGGUCUUUAUUAUUAUCUCACCCCAUCACAAACCGUCAGUUUGUGCCUGACUACGUUGGCGCGGAGUUGGAAAUCGGGAGAAAAAUCCACAGAAAGGCAAAAUGAACCAGGAUACCAUUUUGGCAAAGCUGAAAAAGGAUGUUCGCUCUUUGCUCAUUUCCUCUAAAGUGGAUUUGGACCCUGACCAAUUAAGAAAGGACUACCGAACUAUGGUGGGCCAUCCUCUGCCACUGAAACUCCUGGGCUUCAGAAAUGUCAUGGAUAUGGUACAGGAGAUGCCUGAUGUGGUGUCUGUUAAUUUCAAAGAAGAUGGGAGUAUAUUACUGAAGGCUGUUAGCCAUGAGUCUACACUAAACAUUGAGGAGCUGGUAGCUAAGCAGCGCAUUUCUACUGCAGACAAGAAAAGAAAAGAUCAUCAGGUUUAUUCCUCCCGCUAUAGUCACCAGUCAGUCCCCUUGGUCCUUCCCAGACGAGGUGGUGCUCCUCUGGCCCUUCCACCCCAGCUCAGGGCACAGCUACGGCUCGUCCUUUCACAGGGUCCUCUCAGGUUAUCAGAACUAGAGACCAGCUUUCGUCGAUGCUUUGGACACAUGCUGGCUGUUUAUGAUUUGGGGUUCUACUCUAUUGGAGAGAUGCUGGAAGCUGCUAAAGACCUAGUUAUGAUCCAACAGGGCAGAUUUGGCUCAAUUCUGACUUUGAGAGAGCAAAUGAUGCCCAAGCCAAUUAACUUACAGCAGAGCCACGAAGCAGUAACAACCACAAUGAAAGCAAGUGUCGAGACCACAACAAAAUCCCAAGACUCCUGUGGAAGUUCUGUCACUGAGCAGUCAACACAUGUCAGUUCUAAUAUGCAAUUGACAGACAAGAACAAAGAACCUGAAGCUCAGCUUUGCCAGGAAAGUCAACUUUUUCAGGAGAGAUUCGUAAAGCUGCAAGAGGAGUUUCGCCUGAAGAUUGUUGAGAAUGGAGUUGCUGGCACAAUUUGUCACAAGCUCAAAGAGAGACUGCAAAAGGUCAUCAGUCAAAGUAGCUGUGAAAUAUCAGUCCACAAUCUCCCCGGAGAAUAUAAGAGGGUUUGGGGUGAGGACUUACCACUGAAAGAGAAUGGCUUUGUCAGUGUCACUGAGCUGGUUGACUCCAUGAGUGACAUUUUUGACUUGCAACAAGUAGAGGAGGACGGCAUACACGACUGGAUAGUUAAAAACGUUCAGGACUCUGUCCCUUUACACUCAGAAGAUCCUGUUGCAAAGCAGACAGGUUUUCACCCUACUGAGUCUCUUUGGGAAUCUGGACUGAGUGAUGAUGGAGACAUCCAAUCAGAGGAUGAAGAUGAUGAACAAUUAACAGUGCAGCAUCUGGUGAAUCAAGAAUUGAUGUCUGAAUUGUGUCCAUCUAUUAGUGUGUACCAUGGCGCUGUGCCUCUGGAUGCUCUGCAGAGUCAAUGUCUUGAACGGCCAACGGUGCAUUCUGCUUUUGAGUUGUUACCAGUCAGGGUGGAACAAGUGGAAUCUCUAGAACUCUUCUACAUCUCCUUCAUUGGUAACAAGGAGGCCCUAACAUUUGAGAACAUGAAAGGAGAGAUGAGACAAUGUUACUCCUCCCCUGAUGUGUCAGAGCGCUACCGCCUCCCCAGGCAAUUUAUCCGACGAGGGCAAGUCUGCUGCACUUCAUCCAAAGAGAUGUUGUUUUCCCGAGGAGUGAUUCACAAGGUCAUCAGCCCUACCAGCGUUGAGGUGUACCAUGUGGACGUUGGCGUGGUCACCACUGUGCACACUGAUCACCUGAUGUUCCUUAAGUCAUGCUUCUCCAUUCUUCCAGCACAAGCUGUUCCAUCAUCACUUGCUGGAAUAAAACCAAAUUCUGGUGCCUGGAGCUCCCAGGCUCUUUCUUCAUUUGUCGAUCUUUGCAGUAAUCGUCCCCUAGUGGCCGCUCUUCUUUGCUACGUUGGAGAUGUGCUCCAGCUCUAUCUUUGUGAUACCCACACUGACGAGGAUAUCUACAUCCACCGUGUCCUCCUUAGCCAAGGCCAUGGGGAGGCCUGCAGCGACACUGGCAGUACAGCAGUGGGUGCCCAUAUCAGCCCUGUUAGUGUAUACUUGGGGGAGGGCACAUUUGACUUGCCAGAGGUGGUGGAGUUUCAAGACGAUGAAAUGCCAGCCUUAGAGUUAAUUGAAAACAAUAACACCAGAUAUUGCCAGACUCCUUCCCCACAUGCAGAAGAGAAGCCGGAGUUUAAUGGGGUGGAAUCAUCCACAGUUUUUCCUCUUCCUGUUCUGAAGACACAUGAGAAAAUCAAUGACAGCAUCUUUCAGGAAGCAAAUCUGAAGCAAGAAACUGGUUUGAGCAAAUGUUCUGGUGGCCUUCUACCUCCUCGACCAACUGGGUAAAAAAAAAAAAACAACUGAAGAUGAUAGGUGAAAUACAGGAGUGGAAAGUUGUGAACAUAUGAAGAACGGGAGAGAGGAGCUUGUUGCAGUAUGACAUGUUAAUUUUGACACAUAUGUUACCAUGAGGUCUAAUGCUACUGCAAUUCUUGUUCUGUUUGCAUUUUGCAGCUUUUAUGUUUUAUUCUUUUAGCUGGACACUGUACAUAGUGGAUAUAAAAGGUCAAACAAUAGUUUGCUUAAAGUUAAAUUGACUUUGAGGGGCAUCACCCUGUGGAGUUAGACUUUAAAGAAGAUAAAAACUAAUUGAAAUGCUGAAUGCUAAAAUUUACCCAGUUUUUACGAGCACACAAUUCAACGACAGUAAUGUUCAGACUGUAAGCUGCACCCAUUAAUUUUGAAUCAGUGUUUGUUGAUGUAUAGGCAGCAAUGGACAAUAAGCCACAGAUUUCCAUUAGUGUUGGUAUUGUUUUUGUAGUGAUUUUGACCCAUCACUAUGUGGUAUUGGCCAAUCCAGGAACUGUACUAAUACCAUACUUUUGGAGAUUUAUCCCCCCAAUACAUAAUUAAGGCAAAGUCACUUCAGUGUAAAGUAAUUGACGAAUUGCUAUCAUGGCCUGGCAAAACAAUCACUCAAUCGCUCAAAAACUCAAUCGCUGCCAUUGACUGUGCUAGCCGUCCAAUCCAUUUGAAUUGGAAGGGCUGACAGCGAAUAAACAAACAUUCAUUCAUGUCACCCUCCCACUAAAUACGGUUUAUAGUCCGAAAAUUAUAGUAACUUUAUUCAACGCCGAUCUAAAUCCUAAAGCCAUACCUAUAUAUUAUUAGUUAAUUUUCUAGGAUACUAUUGUGAUUCAAUUCAGUUAUUUCGUCACCAUUGUGGGUACUAUUAGUAAGGACAAUAUCCAUUUUUAGGAAGUACCGUAUUUGUCGGUCGAUAAGCCGCUACUUUUAUCCUUCAUUUUGAUUCCUGCGGUUUAUUGUCCAGUGCGGCUUAUAUCUUGAUGUAUUUGGGUUAAUAGGUAACACUUUAUUUGACAGCAGCGUCAUGAGACCGUCAAAAUUAUGACAUGACACUGUCAUAUGUAUUAAUGUAUUAAUAAAUGCUUAUAACGGAUGUCCUUAAGUGUCAUCUGGCAAGUUUUGUUGUUAACUCCAUUUAUGUCCAACUCGGAUCUUUUACAUCCAUUCAAAAGUGAGAUCAUUUGCCGGAUGACACUAAAUGACAUCUGUCAUAAGCAUUUAUUAAUGCUCAUGAAAGUGCCGCGUCAUAAUUAUGACAGUUUUAUGACAGUCUUAUGACGCCGCUGUCAAAUAAAGUGUUACCGGUUAAUAUAUUUUGGUUUAAAUAGCCCGUAAUACAGUGAGGAGAGCUGUGGCUUAUAGUCCGGUGCGGCUUAUCUAUGAACAAAUGCUGUUUUCGUGUCAAAUUUGGUGGGUGGCGGCUUAUAUUCAGGUGCGCCUUAUAGUCCGAAAAUUACGGUAGUAAUUUUAGAAUGUACAUCCAUAUCCAUCCAAUUUAUUCUAGUUUGUGAACAUCAUUUACAGAUUACCUCAUUAUUUUGGCGAGCAAAUUCCUUACUUGUCGCGAUUUGAAUAACCAGAUUGUAAAUUCCAGCACUCUUGAGUUUUUAAAUGGUCUGGAUUUCUAAAUUGAACCGAAAUUCUUAUUUGGUAUGCCUGAGAGCAAUUAAAAGCUCUAGGAGCAACAAACAAACAAACAAAAUAAGUGCCGAGUUGGUUUGAUGUGUUCACAGCAGUAAAGCUCAAAAUCUUGCCUAUCCAUGCAUAUUGACUAGGUGCAUGAAUAUGGCGACCCCUGCCUUGCUGCGUGCUGUUUCGUUACCUAAUGACAAAGAAGCAAGCAGAUUUUCAUGUCACAUUAACCACAUUGAAAUGAUUGUUUUCCUGCUUUCUUUGUCUGCUCCUCUUAUGUCAGUUACGCUUUAUAAAGAGACUGGGUUUAGGAAACUUUAUUGCAGUGUGUCAAGCAGCACACAUACAUAUUCACAUAACAGAUUUCAGGACAUCCACCCCUACAGUCAGUUUUAUUUUUGAGCCAAAAACCCAAAGUGGAACCUUGUCAGACUGGUUGACUAGGACUAACGUUUGGGCCAUUUACAGGCACUUUUAAUAGAAAACAUUUUUUGGAGCCUCCACCCACUACUUAUUCUUGUCGCAGAGAGAGGACAAUUUUCGGCUUGGACGUGAAAAAGGGGUGCUUACACCACACCAACUAUGGAGACUGCAAUAAAGCAUUUUAUAGUGUUGUUCCUGGACCGACUCGCUUCAUUAAAAGUAAAUGACACAAUAGUAGAGCACAGGUUGAUGGGGAAUGCGUGGAUUAGGGCACAAUCUAUCACUAAUUGUAAGCAUUUUGAGCUUUACAGUUUUUACCUUUGUAAACACACUAGUUUUAUUGUCACUUAAGUAAAGGGAUAGCAUAGUUUAAAAGUAAGCUUUUUUUAGUUGUCUAUUUCAUUUAAUAGAUCUCUUGACUAUUUGUAUCCACUUCAGUGCCCUCUAAUAUCUCCAUUCUGUAUCAAACCAUACUUCCUACUGAAGUUGAUCAUUUAUGCAUUCAUUCCUUUGGCAAUUAAAAAUGAUAACUGGUCUUUUUUUUUUUUUUUUUUUUUUUUUUUUUUUUAUAAUUAAACCAAAAGACAAUUACGCCUGAAGGAAAUUAAAGAUAAGGCCAAUUGUUUCAACAAGUUGCUUUCUUUGUAAAGAAUUAGUGCAGGAUGUUAGUAUGUGUUUGUUGGAAUCUUUGUUUAUUCAUCCAAAACAAUUUAUGUAGAGUUUACCCAUCCUAGUCCAGUUAUCCUCAAACUUUUCUCACAAUGGUCCACAAGGGCUUAAAUCUUUUCUCAAGCACUUAAGUCCACUUAGGAAAUAUUACUACUCUGUACAGGUUUAAAACCUAAGUGAGAAAUGAGUCAUUGUAUAAAAAGUAUUUCAUUUGUUUGAAUGUUCAAGUCUUUAAAACUGUUUGACUUCAGUUGGCUUAGUACAGCACAGAUGUGCAACUAUGAUAAGCUGUUAUGUAAAUGUGGACUUCAAUAUAAAAUUAAGAUGUAACAA